AUGUACGCCUCACAGCGGGCCGGCCUUGCCUCGCUCGUGUUUGUCGAGGCCAAGGGCAGCGGCAUUGACGAAGGCGCUCUGAACGCAAUCACAGCGGCGCGCAAGCUGUCGGGCCCCGUCACGGCAGUUGUGGCCGGAUCCACUGCCGAUGCCGCCGCCAAGGCCGUGGGCAAGAUCGAGGGAGUCGACAAGGUCAUUGUGGCCAAGGACGCCCCCGAGUCGACGGCUACCCUUCUGCAGGCGAUCCAGAAGCAGGAGUCGUCCACUCACGUGUUCGCCGCACACACUGCUGCGGGCAAGAGCAUCAUGCCGCGCCUGGCCGCGCUGCUCGACACGCAGCAGAUCUCCGACAUCACCGCUGUCGAGAGCGAGGACACGUUUGUGCGGCCUGUCGAUGCUGUCAAGGUCAUUACCGUGCGCACCACUGCAUUCCCAGCUGCUGCCGCUGCUGAGUCGGCCGCCGCUGAGGAGGCGGCACCGCAGGUCGAUGCCAAGCCGCUGACACAGUGGGUGCGUGAGGAUGUGGUCAAGAGCGACCGCCCGGAUCUGGCCAGCGCCAAGCGCGUUGUCGCCGGAGGCCGUGCCGUCAAGUCUGCCGAGGGCUUCCAGCUGGGUGCUGCCGUUGGUGCGUCGCGCGCGGCCGUCGAUGCCGGGUACUGCGACAACAGCCUGCAGGUAGGCCAGACCGGCCGCAUCGUCGCCCCCGAGCUGUACAUUGCCAUUGGCAUUUCCGGCGCCAUCCAGCAUCUGGCUGGAAUGAAGGACAGCAAGACCAUCGUGGCCAUCAACAAGGAUGCUGAUGCGCCUAUCUUCCAGAUCGCCGACUACGGCCUUGUUGGCGACCUGUUCACCAUCGUGCCCGAGCUCAUGGAGAAGAUCGAGGCCAAAUAG